UAACACAUGUAGUAUAUAUAUAUAAUUAAUAUUUAGAAUUAUUUAUUAUUUUUAUAAUUGGUAAAUUUUUUGUUCUAUGUCAAAAGAUUUUCAUUGGAGGUUUAAAAAGCUUUGUUAAUGAUUAGCGAAUUAAAAAUCAGCAAAAGCGCCAAUCUGGUGUACAUAAUUAAUACUAUUUCAAUAAUCAAAUAUUAUAUGAUAGAUGAAUGUCUAAGGUAAGCGGCAGCUUCGUGGUAAGUGGUUUUAUUUCUUUGCUCAGAAAUUUGAAAGUCAAAAUGCCGAACAAACGGAAAAAGCGUAAUGCGUUUUUUUAUUUUAUGCUUGACUGGAGAAAAAAAGUAGAAAAAUGCGGAAUGUUUUUUGCAAGUUUAAAGGAAGUCCAAAAUUCUCCUGAGUGCAGUGAGGCAUGGCAGAAUUUAUCUUCUCAUGAGAAACAACAUUAUAAUGAUUUAGCGAAGAAAACACUAUCUGAUAACGUUAAAUUAAAUUGUCGUGGUGAACCGAUAGAAUUGGUUAAACAAAAAGAAUAUGAGUUAGCAGAGUUUAAUAGGGUGAUGCGCAAUCAUAUAUCUAAUACCAUUAAUGAUAACUUAAGUAACGAAAAACUAAACCAAGUUAAAUUUUACUUUUUACAUUUUAAUUGGCUUUAUAUUACCAACGAUGGUAUUUAUAUUCCCGUUGAAUAUGCUAUUGGAGAAUUUACCUUGCAAGACGGUAUCACCAGAUUUCAUCAUAAGAUUCUUAAUAUAAAACCUAAGAUUGGUUACGCUUGGCAAUCUACUGAAAUUAGUAGAAAUAGUCAUAAAAUUCUUCCUGAAUUUUCUGGAGGUGAAAAAGAUUUUCGUCGUUUAUACUUUGAAUUCAUAGAAUUUUUAAAGCCUGGUAAAAUAAAUAACGAAUAUCCACCAUUGUUUGUUACGAAAAAAAUAUAUGAUGGAGUACCAUCAUUUCUCGAUCAGUUAGCUGAUGCAGCAGAUUGUGAAAAUACAUUUAUUAUAUAUUCGAUUGAAGUAUUAUUCACUGCAUUGCGUAAUGCUGCAUUGAUUAGGAAAGGCAUAGAUGCUAUUUCAGAAUCUGUUGGAGAACAAGAAUUUGGGAUGGAGAAAUAUAUGUAUGAAAAAAAUAUAGAAUGCAGUUAUCAUGAGAUUAUAGAUGGAGGAAGUCAGUUUUGUAGUUUGUCAUUAAUAAGACAAUGGUCCUAUAUCAUUUGUGAUUAUUCUUGCGACGGGCUUGGAAUUGAAUAUAGACCUGGAUUUAAUUGUGCUGCUAGUCUGUCGAAAGACUAUAUAUAUAACAAAUUACAGAAUAAAACAGAUAAUGCAUUGAAAUCUAUACGAUUUGAUAAUCCGAUAGAAUUUUCAAAAAUUUAUAGGCAAGAAUCUUUUGGGAAGAUAAAAGAAGUAGAAGAAGAAGAAUCAUCAAAAUGUCGUGAAGAUAAAAACAAAAUACAAAGAAUAAACAACUGCCUUCCUGUUGCUGCAGCUUAUACUAAAAAUAUUUCUAACGAAAAUCCAUUUGCAGAUUUUGCUGACCUGAAAAUCAGAAUAGGCAGAGGGAGAGCAAAGAUGCUUUCUAAUUCUGUUUCUCCUAAAGUUGGAAUUGGAAGAGGACGUAACGGAUUUUCAGAAUAA